UUUCGGAAGACAAAAAUGUUUGCAAUUCUUCUGAUUCUGGCCGUGGGCCUGCGCAGCGCUUGGGCGACGGACUACAAUAUGCUGAUCGAGGAUCCCGAGGUCUACUCCCCGUGUAUUGAUGGCCCGCCUGGUUCAAUCGGCAUCACCGAAGCCUUUAACAUGGAUAAUAUGGUUUUCGAUCAGGACGAAGAUGGCAUACAUAUUUCGGGGAAUUGCACGACUAAGUGGAGUUUACCGCGAACCGAUCGCAUUUCCGCAAGUUUCAGGAUAAUGCAUUACAACCGGGGAAGCUGGGAGCCAACUGUACUAAGCCAGGUCACUCGGGACUUUUGUUCCGCCUUUUACCACAAGGAUCAGUACUGGUACAAGUACUGGUUCCAAAACGUUGCAAACCUGGAGGAUAUAAAAACGAACUGUAUUGCAACAAAAGAUACCACAAUGGUGAUGAAUCCGUUCAUUAUGCAUUUGCGUUUGAAUAACAUCAAUGGCGCUUCUUUCCGAGGACGCUAUAAAGCUGUGUUUCACAUUGAAGCUUUCGACGAAAAGAACCAAAGGCGCCCGACAUCUCUAUGUUUCGAGAUCAAAGGUGAAAUAGAAAGGGUAAAAGACUAACAUAAGUAUAUCCUUUGAGAGUAAAGAUACAUUUUUUUUUUGGUUUUUUUGUUCUGUAUAAUAUUUUGGAUGGUGAUCAUGAAGGUUUAAUAAACCAUAUAUACAAUUUUUGGAUAUUAAUACUUGCGGUUCAUUUAUUC